AUGGCCGACUGCCCAGUAAAUCCGGGGAUCGAAGGCGAGGGGCAGCACACCUCAGACUACGUCAUGAUGGCUCGUCAGAAUCACAGCGGACUUAAUGAUUGGAAUAAGGUGUACUACUACCAAGUAUGGUGUUGCAGUCGUCCGGUAAUUCCCAAACCCUCCCGCGAACUCGACGCCGGUCAGAGAGCCGAUUGGGAUUUCUUGAUGUCAAUCCUCGGUGAUACAACAACCGAAUGGCUCUGUCCCGAGUUCACCGUGUUCCUGGAAUACAGGCCACAAUAUAAAGAUGUUGCUCCAUCCUUGGACUGCAUCUCGGCAAGUCCUUUUGGUGGUACCACAAUCACCCCGCUGAUUCAACAACUGGGUGCCUGGCUCUGGACGAAGUCUGACGCUGGGCAUCAAGAAUAUGUCAAAUGGGAUCCAGUGGACCCGUUUUUCAUCGACGACAGCGAACGGAGGUACAGACUUAUAACGACCUCGAUUCCUACAGAACAGUCUGCGAGCAGCACGCCGCCGUGGGAGUGGGGAAGAAAUAAAGCGUUUCAAUAUCUGAUCUCUGGAUUUAGUCGUGAACGCGAGACCCAGCGCAGCGUUAUUACGCAGGUCUUUAAUCCUGGCCUUCGACACACAGUCUACUGUACGACUGAUGGCGUAAGUAGGGGCGCUCUCGUUCACAUCAAGCUGUGUACGCCGUCGGAGAACAGCGUCAAUGUUCCCGAGCUUCUCGAGAAUACGGAAGUGAAGUUUCAAGUGGCCCAAGAAGGUCGCACCUAUAAGGAAGGCGACUUGCUAAUGAAGGGCAGAGUAGUCGAGGUGGAGUCAUCGGCGGGUCUGGUCAUCGCAACGGAAAGCGUAGGCACCGAAGUUAAGCCCAAUGUUAACUUCCAGAUCGUGACAGUCAUUCAGCCAAACAUAAUGGCUAUCGAUGAGUAG